CAUUUAUACAUGAGUGUCGGCCAUGUUGGCUUAACACUCGCCAUUUGCAGCAAAUUAAUAAAUAAAGUAAAAAUUAGUAAAACAUAGCUGACGAAAAAUACAAAUAAAUAUUGCGUUAAAUAUGGGAUAUCGAAUCACAUAAUGAUUUGGCAGACAUCAGUUUGAUUGAAAUUAUAUAUUCGUAUCUAUCAGUUAACUAUAUCUAUAAUGGGGGACCGUGACAUCCCAAGUGUUCCCGUCACAACAUUAGCUGGCCUAACCAGCACUUCGGAUUUGCUCAGCGAAUUACCAGUGUCCGAUUCCCUUCAGAGUGCAGCAUCCUUUAAUAAAUCGCUACUAUUCCAUUCGCUGGUGGCCAACGAAUCCAACAAUUUACUGUCUGUGCGUGAUGAGAACCUCGUCAGACAAUUAGUGAAUGCCAUCGAGCAAACAAACUCUGAUAAUAUAGAACUUAAGCCGCAAUAUAGCAUUCAACAACAUGGAACCAACAUUAGUACAUAUCCUGAACUAUUGCAGGGUAUUUACAAUUAUCGCCCAACUGUAUUUAACACGCCCCGUAGAACAGUUAUCAGCGAUAAUACGACACAGCAACACAUCCUCCAGGAACAUUCACAAAUUGAGAGCACCACUGUGCAAUGUCAGUCCAUGGGGAUUGUUAAUGAGAUAUGUCAAACAGCUUACAAUUUGAAUGCUGAUCAUAAUCAGCUUCAUCAGCAUAAUCAGCAUAGGCAACCGAAAGAUUAUAUAGAACAAACAAUCAGCCAAGACGGGGCAAGAUUAAACAGGAUACAGGAGGAAUCCAUGGAAAAACACAUUCAAGUACAACAAAUGCCAACAUUGGAAGUUUUUCAGUCAACUUUAUCGAUGCAGGAAGGGCAUCAGUCGUCUGUGAUCCAAGCGGUGAAUCAACAUGGACACCAAACGCAAACUUUUUAUCCAAAUCAGCUAAAGGAACAGCUUGAUCCGACCGAGACAAGAUCAUCCAUUUUUCAACAUCAUCAUCAAGUCAAUCAUCAUCAAGUCAAUCAGCAUCAAGUUAAUCAGCAUCAAGUCAAUCCGCAUCAAGUAAAUCAGCUUUCCCAGUUAACAGAUACAAUGCAACCGACGUCAUUUCAAUCUCAAGUACCAACAACAACAACGUCGACGAUACAAGGCAAUUUUCAGAAUGUAUUAAAUCUGCAAAGACAACAGAUUGCUGAAGUCGCUGCAGCACAGAAUCAAGAACAACAACAGCAGCAGCAACAACAUUGUGUUACACCUCAAACGGCAGCUCCGCAACCGUUCAUACCUGCUGCAACAACAACAAUACACGGUAGCAGCACAGCAUUUGGUAGUGAAUUCAAUCCGACAUCAACAGCAACAUCAACGUCCACAUCUUCAAGCGGCAAAUCCCAGGUUCGGUCACCAGAAUUGGCUAGAAAUCUGGGGUUGCUACAGGACAGUCAAAGAUAUUUGACUGGUGGUGGUGAAUUCAAUUCCGUUCCUACAACAGAAGCUACCGCACAAUCUUCUGCUUCAGUUGAUAUGUUUACUGUUAUUAAAGCUGAUGAGAAACGUGGUGGUACUAAAAGGAAAUUGGCCAUUUCCCUUGGCGAUAUUCCGCCAGAACAAAUAUUUUCAAAACCCAAAUUGCGUCGCGUCGAGCGAAAUACAUCGUUAUCAACACCAAAAGGUACAAAAGAAGAAGUUACACGUUCCCAAACCUAUCAACAAUUUAUGAGAAACAUGGAACAAAUUAUUGAAAUGUUGGAUGACACGGAAUCGCCCAACUUUGAUUCAGAGGACGUCGAUGAGAAUAUUGAGUGCAUUUCACCGAAACUUCUUAACACAAUGAGUGAUGAUGUAGCCAAAUUGAAGGCCAAACAAGCUCUAGAUUCAAUACCGAAAAACAAAUUAACGCUUCUUAUUAACUACGCCAUGCGAAAUGUUUAUUUGGCCAGAAACUAUUCUGCGGGCCCGGAAGACGAUGAUGAAAUUGUCGAUGACGAAGUCAUAGAUAAAAUAUUAAAUGCUAUGGAUGCUUGUUUGCUCAUUUGCAACAUUUACUCAACAGUGAGCGACCUGAAGUUUUUGCAAGAGGACAAUAUAUCGCACAUCAUUAAAUUUGCUCAAUUUCAACUACGUGAAACUAUAUUUCCAUUACACGAUCCUGUAUAUACGGUGAAGAAUGUGAAAAAAUCGAGUCAACGUAAAAAAACAAAGUCACAUCAAAAUCAUCAUCGCAGUCUGCAGAUAUUCUACUCGAAAGUUGUUGAACUUUUGAAGGUAUUCGUGGCCCUCUUCGAUAAAUGUAUAUUUGUCGAUACCAUUGUAUUACCACUGUCAACGCUCGCUAUAGAGCCGUUUUUUGUAGACAAUAUUGAAACACUGCAAUUUGUUUGCUUGGAGCUGGUUACAACCAUAUUUCGAAAGGAAAGAUACGAUAAAAUACGCAACAGUAUCCUAGGCGAUAUAUUAUCGUCAAUCGAUCGCUUGCCUUCGUCAAAAAAGAAUCUGCGUCCAUAUAAGCUAACAAAUAACGGUGGCAAUAUUCAAAUGGUUACUGCACUUGUGCUGCAAUUAAUUCAAUGUGCAACAAUACUGACUGAUUCUCUGGCUGAUAUCGGUAGAGCCAAUGCCAAAGUUCAAGCAAUUCAUGAUUUGGACGAUGAUCUUCCAAGCGGUGCAUCGCAAAUAAUAAAGCCAAAUCAAGAUAUACUUGUGCUUAAGAAAUAUGAUGUUGCUGUCAGUAUUGGCGGUAACUUUUUAACGACUUUUUUAAACAAAUGCAAGUCGCGUAACAAUGAAACGGACUUUCGGCCGCUUUUUGAGAACUUUAUUCAUGAUCUAUUGGCUACCGUUAAUAAACCCGAAUGGCCAGCCUCAGAAUUGUUGCUGUCAUUGUUGGGAACCAUGUUGGUUCGCUAUGUGUCGGAUAAGUCUAUAGAACAAAGUAUUCGACUUGUCUCCUUGGAUUAUUUGGGAAUCGUAGCUGCUCGUUUGCGCAAGGAUACAGUCGAGUCACGCUGCAAAGUGAAUAUAAUUGAUUCAAUGAUUAAAUCAAUUAAAGCUGAACAGGAAAAGGAGGGCGAUUUAAUCCUAACUGAUUCAAAAAUCGAGCUACAUCCGGAAGAACAACGUACGGAAUUUCUGCAAAAAAUACUACUUGAUUUUCUGGCCGUAAAUGCACAGGAAGAGAAUUUGAUCUGGGACUAUGCUCGACAUUUUUACUUGGCACAGUGGUAUCGGGAUGUUAUCUAUCAAAGACGUCGAAUAAAGGAGGGCGAAAAGGGAUUUGCUUCAAAGAAGCCAAAGUCUCGCCUAAAACAAAGAUCUGGAGACUAUUCCGACACCUCAGACUCUGGAUCCUGCGAUGAAAACGACCCGGAAGACUCAAAUAAAAAUGGAAAUCGUGCUGUCGACGCUGUUGACUAUGAACUCAAUUUGGAAAUUUUUAAUGUUUUGGAAGAACGAAAAAAAUACUUGAUCAGCAAAAUAAAACCGUAUUCGGUGACUGGCGAACACAACCAUACAUCACUUCAACACAUUAAGACUUAUAUAGAUUAUAACAAUGCACAAUUGAUAGCACAAUAUUUGGCUACAAAGCGACCAUUUAGUCAAUCGUUUGAUGGAUGUCUUAAAAAAAUCAUUUUAGUCGUAAAUGAGCCAUCAAUUGCUGUAAGGACUCGUGCAAUGAAAUGUCUAGCGAACAUAGUCGAGGUAGAUCCUUUGGUUCUUAAGCGAAAGGACAUGCAAAUGGGUGUUAAUCAGAAAUUUCUGGACACAGCUAUAUCAGUGCGUGAAGCUGCAGUUGAUUUAGUUGGCAAAUUUGUGCUAAGCAAUCAAGAAUUAAUAGAUCAAUACUACGACAUGUUAUCUACUCGAAUAUUGGACACCGGUGUUUCAGUGCGCAAACGUGUUAUAAAAAUAUUGCGCGAUAUUUGUAUAGAAUAUCCGGAUUUCGAAAAGAUUCCCGAAAUCUGUGUGAAAAUGAUUCGUCGGGUUAACGACGAGGAAGGCAUCCAAAAGCUUGUCACGGAAGUAUUUAUGAAAAUGUGGUUUACGCCGUGUAUAAAGAAUGACAAGCACGGCAUACAGCGCAAAAUUAAUCAAAUUAUUGAUGUGGUGAACACGGCUCAUGACACGGGCACCACAUGGUUGGAGGGACUCUUAAUGAGUAUCUUCAAACCAAAAGAAAAUAUGCUUAAGCUGGAUGGAAGUGCACAGGAGCCGGUGAAAAAGAAUACAGAACCACCACAAGAGAUUGUAUUAGCUUGCCAGCAGUUAGCUGAUGGUCUUGUUGACCGCCUAAUUGAAUUAGAGGAUACGGACAAUGCUAGAAUGCUUGGCUGCAUAACAACACUUCAUCUGUUAGCUAAAGUGCGACCUCAACUGUUGAUUCGGCACGCAAUGACCAUCGAACCAUAUUUGAACAUUAAAUGCCAUUCAUCUUCAGCUGCGAAAUUUAUUUGUGCCGUUGCCGAUAUUCUCGAAAAGGUUGUGCCACUUGUUAACAAUGCUAGUGAAUCAUUUUUGGCAUCGCUGGAGGAACAUUUGAUGCUUCUUGUGGUUUCACGAAACCAAGCUGAAGUUACCAGUUGUGUUUCCUGCUUGGGUGCCCUCGUAAAUAAAAUAACAAAGAAUUAUAAACUAAUUCGCGAUUGUUUUCAAAAGUUCUACCGUGUACUCGAUCUGUCCCGAAAUCAAGUUGUGCAAAACGGUUUUAAUAUCGAUCAUAUUUACACGCCCAGUUUUCGAAGAAGCCUGUUUACAAUUGGUAUUCUAAUGCGGUAUUUUGAUUUUAAAUCCCCCAAUACUCUAGGUGAAUCCAAUAAUGGACUUCCCGCUUCAAUAUGCGACAAUGUAUUUGAGUGCUUAAUGUUCUUUUGUGGUUGCUCCAAUCAUGAAAUUCGAAAACAAGCACUCAUAUCACUCGGCUCUUUUUGUGUUAUGAACGACGAUUAUCUGACGCGAACAGAGCUUAAGCAAUUUUACUGUGAUUUACUAAGCUCAUCAUCAAACGAUGGUGGCAUUAAAAUUAUAUGUAUGCGUAAUAUUUGGGUUUACUUGACUGAAUCCGAAAUGUUUAUGCACAACAAAGAAAAAGAAUGGGAAAAGCAAUCAAAACAUGAAGACCUUAAGGAAAUGAAUGACGUUUCUUCUGGCAUGGCGAGUCGAAUUAUUCAACUGUAUUUGGAAGAAAUUCUGGACUGUUUUCUUAAUCGUGAUGACACUGUACGUCUUUGGGCAGUAAAAGUCGUACAAAUUGUUUUGCGGCAAGGUCUGGUGCAUCCAGUCAGAAUGGUGCCCUAUUUGAUAUGUUUGAGCACCGAUUGCAAAGUCGAGUCGGCGCAUAGAGCAGAUGCCUUGCUGAAAGACAUUGACAAAACAUAUUCGGGCUUUGUAAAUAUGAAAGUUCAAUUUGGACUUCAGCUUUGCUUUAAACUGCAAGAAAUUUUGCAAGUUAAUAACAAGGCGAAAAAUGAAAUAAUUCGUGGUUAUGCUAAACGCGGACCAGAUCUAGUAACGACAGCUUUAAAUGAUUUCUUGUAUACAUUGUUGCGAACAACAAAACCACAAAGACGCGCCUUAGUUCAAACAGUAACGAAACAAUUUGAUGAUCAAAAAACAUCGUUACAGCAAAUGCUAUAUAUUGCCGAUAAUCUGGCGUACUUUCCAUAUGCCGUACAGGAUGAGCCAUUAUAUCUGAUACAUCAAAUUGAUUUGCUAAUAUCCAUGGCUGGCACACAUCUGUUAACCACAUUUAAAGAGCAUCUCAGACCAAGUGAUAAGGGCGGCGAUGUCCUUGAGGAUGAUGACGAUGAGGAGGAUCCACAUGUACUUUUCAACCGAUUACCUGAGGAUAUGACCGAAAUCAAGAAGUGCAUAACGUCUGCCCAAGCGUGUAUGCUACUUCUGGUACUUAAAGAACAUUUAAAGGAAAUGUACGGACUAACCGAUGGCAAAAUAUCGCGAUAUUCGCCAUCUGAGCAGAAAAUCUAUGAAAAAGCUGUAACGCGUCGAAGCGUUGCCGAUUUUAAUCCAAGAACAACAAUUGAUGUGAUUAAAAAGCAACAGUCGCAAAAUUACACAAACACUGAAUCUGAAAGUUUUUUGAGACCCCUCACAGAUGAGGAAAAAUUAGAUCUUGUCGUGAAAUACUUGGAUUUCAAACAGCUUAUGCUCAAACUGGAUCCGGAAGAUGCAGAUUCUGAUGCAGAUGAAUCUCGCGAAAAAUCGAAAUUGAAUAAUUCUGGAGUUUUGGAUGAUUCAAUGAAUCAAUCUUUGAAUUCGAGCAGGACAGGACACAUACUAAAUGAAAAACCCAACUCACUUUCCACGCCAAACGUUAACAAUAGCAACAUGCAAUCAGCGACUGUUGUAACGGCGGAAAACCUAGGUGCGGUGAUGCCCUCGCCUCGCUCCACAAAAUCAGCACUCUCCCCUGCAAAGUUAAUCGCGCGAAAGCCGAGCCAACAGCGAAGUAAAAAGAAGCGACGCAAAAUCGUGUCAUCCGAUGAAGAUGAUGAAUACAGUGGCGAAGACUAUGCGUGAGAUAAACUGUUUUAGUCUUAUUGGUUAAACCAUAGUUUGUAAGAAUAA